AUGAAGACUUUCACCACCAGCGCCGUCAUGGUCUCCAUCAUGGCCGCUACAGGCGAGGCCAUCCUCAAUCUCAACGUCAACCUCCCCCUCGGCCUCGACGUCGACCUCGACAUCCUGGGCAAGAAGCCGACCAGCGAGCCGUGCGAGGUCUGCAAGGACGUCUGGCACCCCCCUCACGACGUCGUCAUCGACGACUGUGACGACACCGGCAGCGGCGACUGGCACUGGGUCCACCCAUGCGUCGAACCCCCCUCCGCCACCUACCAGUGGACCACCAGCACCAUCACUGCCACGGCCGUGAGCACCAUCGUCUCCUGCGCCCCAGACGUCAUCGACUGCCCCGGCCGCGGCGGCUACGAGACCGUCACCAUCCCCGCUACCACUACCAUCUGCCCGGUCUCCGUCGGUCCCACCGCGCCCGCUCCGGCCCCGGCCCCUCCCACUGUGUCUUCUUCUGCCUCCUCCAGCGUCGUCGUCGUCCCCUCCAAGGCUCCCGUCCCUCCUGCUGUGCCCGCCGCCCCCGCCGCCCCCAAGGAGACCAUCCCCAGCACGAAGGUCGUCACCCUGUCUAAGCCCUCUGCCCCCGCUGUCCCCGAGCACCACUCGACUGCUCCGGCCCCCGCCCCCCCGAAGGAGACCGAGGUUGUUCCCUCUGCUGCCCCCGCUCCCCCCGCUGAUGACACUCCCGUACCUGCGGUCCCCGAGAACACCGACGUCCCCGUGGCCCCCGAGGCCCCUGUCUCGCCCGAGGUGCCCGUGGCCCCGGAGGCUCCCGUGUCUCCCGAGGCUCCCGUCGUGCCGUCGCCCGCUCCCGUUGUCGACGUCCCUGUUUCCCCCGUCGCCCCGUCGUCGGCCCUCGUCGUCGACACCCCGGCCCUCCCUGUCUACACCCCUUCCGUCCCCGGCGCCCCCGCUAUCCCCGGCGUCCCCGCUAACCCCGGCAUCCCCUCGGUCCACACCCCCUACGUGGCCCCCGGAACCUGGGCCACUGUUGCCACGCCCUACAACACCCCGGCCACUCCCGUGGUCCCCGGUGUGCCCGCCGUCCCGACCGGCAACAGCCCCGUCACCCCGGCCCCCGUCCCCGCCCCGACGUACGGCAACAACGCCACCAACCCCAUCAGCACCCCUCCUAUCGUGUCCACCACUCCUCCCCCUACUGCCGGCGCUGCCCAGGCGGUCCAGAAUCUCGGUCUAGCCGUGGUUGCCGGUGUGGUUGCCGUCGCUCUCUUCUAG